GUUAGUGCCGAAAAACCGAAGCGCGUUUUGCUCUCUUAGUUGAAGAGUCGCUUGAUGUUUUUAUACUCACAUUUUAUCACACGAACAUAAUAUUCCUUCCGCGCCACAGGCGAUAUUGUUCCACCUUCAAACCAUUAACACAAUAAAAAACAAUAAAUACGUAAAUUAAAGAAAAUAAUCAACGAAAGAAAAAUUAAAAACACGAAUUUUGUGAGCCACGAGAGCUAUAUGUGAUCGCGUAACCAAACCCGAACGGGCGAAAUCAAUGAUGGCAUUCAAUUGAAUUGGGAGAGAGAACAAAAGUAGAAGAACCACAUAGAUGCGGAAUUUCGUAUGGAAUACUACUGAGCGAAUACUGUGUACGAAUAGAGUGAGAACCGGGAUAACCUCUAAAGUAUUUGUGCAAACAAUUGGGACAGCAAUUGUUAUCUUUGUUAUAUUUUUUAUCGAGAAAAAAGAAAAUUAUGUGGAUUGUCUAUUGAGUGAAUUUUGUGCCACAAUUAAAACGAUACCGAACAUUUUGUCAAUGUAUAAAUUGAUUGUUCGCAUAAAUCAAAGUGAAUUGAGAGUAAGCGAAUGAUAGAGAGAGAGAAAGAGAGAUAAAAAAAUAAUAAUAUAGAGAGUUGGACAGCACAAAGUUUGCUAGUGUGAUUAUUGAAAAAUCCGUGUAAAAUUUUGCACAUUGAAAGUGAAAUAUUGGCUGGUGAAAAAAGGCGAUUACAUUUGAAAAUCAAAUAAAAAUGGAUUCAAAUGAUAUCAAUGACCCUGAAUUGAGCACCGAAUUUGAUGACGAACUACAACGACGACAACGAAAUGAAGUGGUGCCAUCAUCUGAAACGUCAAUCAGCGACAAUGAAUUAACAACCACAAUCGCAGAACACAAACAAUCGCCUGUAGACGUUCCAUCGAAUGGUACGAAUAGCGGUGUUGAAAAUCAAUUGCAUACAUUGUCAUCGGAGCGAAAAGUGUUUGAGACAAAUGUUAUUGAACAGGAGUCAGAUGGUGGUGGCAGCACAGCAGGUAUAAAAAGUGAAUCAGACACAGAGUCCGAAUCACGUUUAGUUAUUCAAAGUGAAAAUGAAACAACUGACAACGACACGGCGUCUACACUCGCAACAACAACAAUAAAAGAAAAUGGUGGCACAUCGUCGUCGGCUAAGCGCAAAUCAACCGCAAAGAUAAAUAAUAAACAAAAGAAGAACGAUAUCAAUGACUAUUUUAGUGACGGCAUUGAAUUUAGUGAUGACGAUGAAAAAUUUAUGGGAUUCACAGACGCAGACAUUAAUAAAUGCACAAGUUGGGCACCAUCAGUUUUGUUAAAACGAAUUAAAACAAACUCUCCAUCGAUACCGAACCAACCAGCAACAACGAUCAAUUCAAUCGAAGAAAAAGUUGAACAAAAGACACCACAAGACGUGACAAUGAAUGAACCAUCACCGCCACCACCACAGCCACCGGUACAAACACCACAAAAGCCAGUGACAACAACUACGGACGGUUCAUCGCCGCACAUUAUAAAAACAGAUCCACGCUAUCGCAAUCCAUUCAAGUUCGGUUGGCGACGAGAAGUCGUUUUUCGUGCCAAUAUGUCAGCCAUACAGAAAAGUGACAACAAAGGCGAAGUGUAUUAUCAUUCGCCGAGUGGCAAAAAAUUGCGCACGAAAAAUGAAAUAAUGAAGGAAUUGGUUACGUUAAAAGAAUCAAAUUUGGAUAUCGGUGAUUUUACAUUUGCAAAAGAAAGCGUCGGAAUGCCGCCCGAACAGGAAAUUGUUCGCAGCGCAAAGGUUCAAACUCCAUCGCAGAAACGACAACCGGUGCCAGUGCCGGAAUCAACAACACCAGAAAUUCUCGGCAAACGCAUUCCGAAACCGAAAAUGCCAAAAGGUGCAAGCCCACCACCACCUUCGAUCACCAACAAAUCACGUACGCCAAUUGCAAGUAAUAAACGUCAACCGGAGCGAGAAAUUAUCGAAGUGAUUCAACCGAAGGCUCCAAAAACCAAUUCAAAAUCAAAUAGGGAACCAUGCACAAUAAAUUGCGUCUUGGCCAUGGGAAUCAUACCACAGUUGCAGUGCAAAAAGUGCCAGUUUAUGUAUCAUCAUGAGUGCGUUGGCAAAGAUGGAUCCCGUCAUAUCACCACUUUUGUUUGUGAACACUGCAAACGGGCAAAGAGUGAAGCGGCUGCAGCGGCGGCGGCAGCAGCAGCAGCAGCAGCUAACAAAGAUCUGCCGAUGGACGAGAAGAGCACAAAUGUGAGUUCAACGGAACUAGCAACACCGAGUCGACCGACGAAAAAAGGUCUUCUGACAAACUCAUUGAACAAAUCCGUGGCAUCGACACCAACAAGUGUAAAAAGUUCGAAAGAUGAUUCGAUGGCAGCGAAUAAAAAUCCAAGUGAACCGGAUUUAUCGUCACCACAAUCCAUUGCCAUCGUUGCCGGCCGCAAAUAUAUUAUGGUUCCAAAAACAACCAAAGUUCAAGCUACACCUGACUCAGUCAAUGGAAAUCAAACUGCCAAGAGUUCAUAUUUAUCAAGGCCACACACUCCGGUUGCUGGUUCAAAAUCGAAUUCAUCUCGCCGGUCAUCACCAUCACUGCCGGUUGCCAAUAAUGCGUAUGCAUCGACACCACUUUCAGUACACUCAAUGUUUGCAUCCGAAUUUUUCAACAAUGUAUCAAGAGGUUAUGACAUUCUAUUCAACAUUUUCCAAUAUCUGAAAGUUCAAGAAUUGGUUCGUGUAUCAAGUGUGUGCCGUAUGUGGAAUCAUGUUGCAAACAACAGUAUUCUAUGGCAAACAAUUCGAAUGAAAAACUCACAGGCAAACGAUUGGGCUGGUUUAAUGGCUGCUCUGAGGCGACACGGUACACGUCAUUUGGAUUUGCGCAAAAUUCUCAUCGCACCAACAUUGGAUUGGAAUGAUUUCAUAACGCACAUAAGUCGCACCGAUCUUGAAACAUUACACUUGUGCCGCUGCCCGUCUGAGGUGGUGACGGCUCUACUCGAAACAAAUACAAAUCUACGGGCUCUCAUGUCUCUAUCGAUCACCGGAAAUACGUUCACGUUCCCAAGCACCUGCCGAAUGUCAGCUUUACAAGAAUUACGACUCAAAUCCGGUUCAACGAUGAAAAUUGAGAAUUUACAAGCCCUGCAACACCUAACCAGUCUACGCCAACUAUCACUAACAUCCAUUGAUUCAUUGGACGCAAAUCAAUUGGAGCCAUUAUCCCGUUUGGCAUCGCUUGAGUCUCUCGAAUUGGGCGAAUGUAAUAAUUUGGCCGGUGGUUUUGCGAGAAAUAUUCUAAACAAACUACGAAAUUUGGAGCGUUUACGUUUGGAGGGUGGCAAAGGAUGUGCCACAUUCGAUAUUCUUGAGGUGAUUGAACGGCUCCCAAAAUUGAUUCAAUUGGAAUUGGUAAACUUUGAUAUAAAACCGGGCUUUGACACACGAAUCGCACUAUGCCGUCGUCUCAAGCGACUUUUGAUCAUCCCCACAUACAUCUCACAAUCGGCCACAACAAAUAAUCUCGUGUUGUCCAGCAUUGCACAUCUUGGUGACACAUUACAAUCGGUCACGUGGGUUGUUACUCAGGAACUGAUUCGUGUUACUGAUUUAUACACCGACGAAUGUCACACAGAAGGACAACCGAGAAAGCCCAACGAAGAUAAAAUACCAAUCAUCAAGCCAGUGCCAAUGAUGCGGGAAUCACAGAAAAGCAACACAUCCAGUGAUGCAAGUACUCAACUUGUUGAAAUUCUGCCGCUGAGCCAAGUGGAGAAAAUCAUUCGCAGCAACAUUCCAAAGUUGAAACUGAAAAUUCAAAAAGUUCCAUUCUCAGCAACAUGGCGUCAAACAAUAAGCGAUACUUCAUAGACUGUAACUGAGACAGGCGUUAUUAUCAGACGCCCAAUUAUUAUAUUACGACACAUUAAGAGGUGAUCAGUUUAUAGAAUCACAAUACUUCACGCUAAAUGUAUAUAACAACAUUAUUUGAGUUGGAUAUAAUUUUUUUUUGUGUAAUUCAUUAGGGUCACGAAUAAUUCAAAUAUACAAAAUUCGUUGAAAAUUUGUUCAUACAUCAGUUAACUAAUGGCAACCAAUUCAAUUUACCUAAUUUAUAGUCUCAAGUAAUAUUCUUCUUGAAUUUUCACUUUGGCGGUUCGGUUGAGAUCGGCUUUAUUUUGGAAUAGGAAUAUUUUUAUUUAGAAUAUGUUGACAUUGAAUUUUAUGUUUUUUUAGCAGUCAUCAAUGUGAACAACAAUCAAUUUUAUCAUUCUCACCUCAUCUUGAACCUCAUCUUGGGUUUCCCCAAACAGUCGGCAGAUGAAACACUGAUAUUCUUUAGUAUUUUAAGCAAAAAUGAAAUAUCGUUAAUUUUUUUUAGAAAAACGAAAUAAGAAGAAAAUUAUCACUGGAUGCAUGUAAAUGAUUCUUCAAACACCCCGACAUUUUCAAAUCAAAUACAUUUUUUCUGCUCACAAUU